AUGGCGGCGGCGACGGCGGGUGGUGCGGGAGGCGGCGGCAGCGGCGGCCCCGCGGGCCCUCAGGCGGCCGGCGCGGCUCCCACCCCGGCGCCGGGCCCCGGCGCGGUGCUGAUCGGCGACCGGCUGUACUCGGGUGUGCUGAUCACGCUGGAGAACUGCCUCCUGCCCGAGCACACGCUGCGCUUCACGCCGUCCAUGAGCAGCGGCCUGGACCCGGACACUGAGACCGAGCUGCGCGUCACCGGCUGCGAGCUCAUCCAGGCGGCCGGGAUCCUGCUGCGGCUGCCGCAGGUGGCUAUGGCUACAGGACAGGUGCUAUUCCAGCGUUUUUUUUAUACCAAGUCUUUUGUGAAGCAUUCCAUGGAGCAUGUGUCCAUGGCCUGUGUUCAUCUGGCAUCCAAAAUUGAGGAAGCCCCGAGACGGAUACGGGAUGUGAUAAAUGUGUUCCAUCGCCUCAGACACCUGAGGGAGAAAAAAAAACCUGUGCCUCUAAUACUGGAUCAAGAAUAUGUGAACUUGAAGAAUCAAAUAAUUAAGGCAGAAAGAAGAGUGUUGAAGGAGUUGGGAUUUUGUGUUCAUGUGAAGCACCCUCAUAAGAUAAUCGUUAUGUACCUUCAGGUAUUAGAAUGUGAACGUAACCAACACCUGGUCCAGACCUCAUGGAACUACAUGAACGACAGCCUGAGAACAGAUGUCUUUGUGAGGUUCCAGCCAGAAAGCAUUGCCUGUGCAUGCAUUUACCUGGCAGCCAGGACUCUGGAGAUCCCUCUUCCCAAUCGCCCGCACUGGUUUUUACUGUUCGGAGCGACGGAGGAAGAAAUCCAAGAAAUCUGCUUGAAAAUUUUGCAGCUCUACACAAGGAAAAAGGUGGAUUUGUCUGAUCUGGAAAGUAAAAUAGAAAAGAAGAAAUUAGCUAUUGAAGAGGCAAAAGCACAAGCUAAAGGUCUGGUACCUGAGGGAGUCCCGAGUUUGGAUAAUACAUCAGGAUUUUCCCCUGCCCCGAAAAAUGAGUCUCCAAAGGAGGUUAAAGGAAAUAAACCUUCCCCACUACCUGUCCAGGCAAUGAAGAAUGCUAAAAGGAAAACAGAGGGAGCCAAAAGAACGAGCUCCAAUAGCCCAGUAAAUGGUGUCCAGAAAGGGAGAGAGAGCAGAAGUCGGAGUGGGAGCAGAGAUCAGAGUUACUCCAGAUCAGCCUCGAGAUCUGCAUCCCCUAAGCACAGGAAAAGCGAGAGUUACUCCACCUCCAGCGGCUCCAAAUCCCACAGCCGCUCCCGCAGCCGCAGCGACUCCCCCCCGCGCCAGUUCAACCACAGCUCGGGCUACAAAGGCUCCAAGGUGAGGAGCUACAAGAAAUCCAAAGACUACAAAUACUCCACACACAAACCCCGCAAAUCCCGCAGCCGGAGCUCGUCCCGCUCCCGCAGCCGCUCCCGGGAGCGCUCCGACCACUCCGGGAAGUACAAGAAGAAGAGCCACUACUACAGGAACCACCGGCACGAGCGCUCCCGCUCCUACGAGCGCGCCGGGCACCGCUACGAGCGCGAGCACCCCGGGCACAGCCGGCACCGCCGCUGAGGGCACCCCCUGCUCCUGCGGCCUUGGGCUUAAAACCACCUCGCUCCCUAAGCUCCAUCCUGCUGGAGCUCCCUGCUCCUGCCUGAAUCCAAAGGGAGAGAUGUCCCGGUGACUGUGUCGUGCUGGAGCGUCACCCGUCCUGCUCUUUUAGUGGUUCCCAUCCCGUAGCCUCCCGUCUGGGACUUCCAUUUCCCUGUGGCUCAGCCCUUGGAAUGCUGUGCCCUGUGGAACUGGAAGGGCCCCCAGGCAGUUCCUAACCCUUGGGAGUGGCUCUGGUGCUAACAAAGCUGUCUUUUCAUACUGACUCUGGUGUUGUACAGAUGGGGGUGACUUUUCUAGCCCUGUUGCCUAUAUUAGGUUCUAUGUGUAUAUAUAUUUUGCAGUGUUACAGUACAAUAUGGAAAUAUGGCCUUACUAGCCUUUACACUUUAUCCACAAUUGUAAAUAAGCAUUUGUUUAAUACAGGUGAAGAUAUAUACAGAAAAUUCAAAACUUGAAUUCUAUAAAAAAACCCUUGUGUAGAAAAUUCUGAUAAAUGUGAAAGUAUUUAGCUCUGUGCAUUGAGAGUAGUAUAUUUUUAUCUGUGCAAUGCUGUGUGCAGGCCACCAGCUCAUAAGACAUUUCCUAUAUAUACAUUUUGAGUGGUUUGAAAUUCUUUACUCAGGAUCUUUGACACUCUGAAGAAUUAGUAGUUUGUCAAUCUGCAUGCUUGUUGGAGAACAGAGCGUUUAAAAGCAAAUUAGCAGACCCCCACAGCCCAGUAGUAUCAGUUCUAGUGGUAUAUCUGAGCUGUUACUCUCUCAUGCUCCCUGAUUUCAUUAAAGUAUUUGAUUUUCUAUUAAAUUUA